GGCGAUUCCCCCUUCAUUUACACCUUUCCUCCUGUCUGUCUGUCUGCUUUUCUUGAUCGCAGUCUCUCGGAAACGGCCUUGUUCGAAUCUCACAGUCCUUUUCGUACACGUUCAACGACGACUUUAUUGUUCGACACCGCGCGAGACGAAUUCACCUUGUUGUGCCAUACCUCUUCAGAGCUCAGGCACACUCCCUCCCCUCUUCAAGAAGUUUUUUAGGAUCAGAAAACCUCACCUACCGACAAAAUGUCCAAGCUUUUCAUUGGCGGCCUUGCAUGGCACACCACCGAGGAGACUCUGCGCUCCAGGUUCGAGGAGUUCGGCGCCGUCGACGAAGCCGUCGUCGUUAAGGACCGUGAUACCGGCCGCAGCCGUGGUUUCGGCUUUGUCCGCUACUCCCAGGACGAGGAUGCCCAGAAGGCCAUUGACGCCAUGAACAACGUUGAGUUCGAUGGACGCACUAUCCGCGUUGACCGCGCUUCCGACAACGGUCCCCGUGGCGGCGGCGGCGGCUUCGGUCGUGGCGGCGGCGGCGGCGGAUAUGGUGGUCGUGGUGGUUACGGCGGUGGCGGCGGCUACGGCGGCCCUCCCCAGCACGGGUACGGCUCCAACCCCAACCCGUACCAGCAGGGCUACGGCGGCGGUCGCGGCUACGCUCCCCCUCAGCAGGGCUAUGGUGCUCCUCCCCCCGGUCAGGACCCCUACGGUGCCCCCGGCGGCUACGGUGGUGGCUACCAGGGCCAGCAGCAGCCUCCCAAUGGAGGCGGCUACUAA